UCAAUGCUGUCAGCUGUCAACACGUGUGUGUUACGCGCGGGAAAUUAUCUGCUGCAAGUCGUUCGUGUGGUCUACAGCUAGCGCCAACAGAACUGCCGGAUCAAAUCUUCAAGGCUUGCCGAAUACAGUUUACACGACAAGGUUUUCAACUUUCGUUGGCUUGAUGUAACCUACAAAACUUGACCUUGACAUUGAAAUUUGCUGUGAAGGCGAGUCUGAUAGUGAGCCGGGAAAACAUGGCGGGUAACGUCACCAACACCACGGUCAAGGCUGAAACAAAGUUUAAGUUCUACGACGAGCCUACCAGCCUGAUGGAGGCGGCCACUAUAACGACGACAGGGCUGUUUGUGGCUGGGGUUUUCUUCAACUGUAUCGCCAUUGGCGUCUUCAGCUCGAGGGUCUUCCAGUCCAUGUCCUUCUCGGCCCACAUGAAGAUCAUCUGCUGCUUCAACAUCGCCGUGCUCCUCCUGGGCAUGAUCAGGCACCACUCCUUCAUGCUGGAUGUACACUCGAAUACAGUUCAUAGAAUGAACUCGUUUAGCGUGUGCUUGUAUGUCGUCUGGUUCAUGUUGGUCAUGGACAACUCGCGGGCUUUCAGCAUCAGCUUGACCAUCUACAACAGAAUCAAGGCCCAGCGGGUGCCAGACACCUACAGUAAGACGAUCGAAGCGGUGCGGGUGCCAGUGUUGACCAACGCCUCCGUCAUCCUCCUGUGUUCGGUGCCAGUCUCUAGCUACAUUGAGGCCUACGACCAGUUGUAUAGGAACACUAGCGACAGAGGGUGUGCACUGGGAUUCCUGAGGCCUUACGAGGGCAUGCACCUGUCGAGAAUUUUGAUGAGCAACCUGUCGCUGAUGGAGGAGACCUUGAACGUCUUCCUGAUCGUCGUUCUCUUCAUCGAGAUCAUCUUGCGGCACUCGCGUCUGAGGAAACAGCUGGCCAAGAAGGUGGAUGCAAGGGGAAGUAGUGACGAACAUGUUUUAAGUUUUGACAGUAAGAAAACUGCAACCUUUUCUCGUGUAACAUCACGAGUCGGGAUAGUUAAUAGAGAUGACAUACAAGCAGAAGGCACAUUUGACUUGGGAGCCAAUAAAUAUUCGAUGGACGCGUCAGCUCAGAUUUCUGACGUCAGUCUGCCAACGGGGUUUGAUUACAAGGACGAUGAAACCAAUAAGGAGUACUGCGCUACCAGUAUGACGGUUGUGAUGGUCUUCAUGCACCUGAUGACGUCAGCCCCCCGACGUCUCCAACACACCCUGUUUGUGACGGCCAUCUUCCCUGAGCUGCGUGUGACGUCCUUUGAGAUCAUGUGUGUGCUGGACGUGCUGCAGUACGUCUACCACGCCUUCAUGUUCCUCUUGCUGUGUCUCACAGGUUCGCUCUAUAGGUCGGAGGCCUUCAGGGUGCUCUUCCAGACGGAUCCACCAGCGGUCAGUUCCAACAUGUCGCUGGCCACUGCUACCAGGAUGAUGAACAAUCUCUUGCGCCGGACGAUAGAUUCGUCAUUCACAGAAACCAGAGCACUGUCCACAGCAUCUAAAGAGUACGGCGCCAUCAUUGAGAACUUCGAGCUGGACCGGGACGCCCUCAUGCUAAUGCCCUCAGAGAAGAUCUCAGAGGACGCGCCGGAGACCUACCACCAGCACAUCAACGUCUCCAAGGACGACAGCCUCAGUAUGAGCAACUGCGAGAGCUUCGACUCCGAGACGGACCUGGACAAGGCCAAGGUCGACUGCAGCGAGGUCCGGUUCCGGAAGUUGAUUCGGGAGCGUCACAACAAGAAGAAGAUAGACAAACAGAAGCUGAGCGAGAGGAAGAAGCAGGAGAGGGAAAAGGAAAUUGUUCAAGUCGGUACAGAAAUUACUUAAGUCAACUCAUUGACGCGCUAAAAUCAAAAGUUUCUUUCUACUACAUCCUUGUUUGAUAAAUAACCUAGACGAAAUUUCUGCUACAUCCCUGUUUGAUAAAUAACCUAGAAGAAAUUUCGAACUGCACUCUCGUAUUAUAUUAAUGACAACAUUUCACCAUCAAUAGGUUUUCUUGUAUUCAUUAUUAAAUUUCUAUCAAAUUUUACACAUAAAGCUUGAAUUAAAAUAAAUUGUGCGUCUUUCAGCGAGCGUUAUAUUUAUAAGCACAUGUGUCAAAUACAAAAAGAAUAAAGCGAAAAGUAAUUUUACCUUUGUUUAAACUUUAAAAAAAAAGAGUGAUUAGUUCUUAUAACUCUUACAACACUCCUCGAGUUUGAAAUAUAUUCACUGUUAUUUCCCUUAGAUAUUGUUUUUCCAAUGCGAACUCAUAAAGAUGACAAAUAGAGAUGAACACAUGUAAAUCUGAGUGGACUUAUGAACACAGAAUGGUCUCUAGCUUUAUAUUUCAUUUACACACGUCUACAAUGUAUCUAGCUUUAUAUUUCAUUUACACACGUCUACAAUGUAUCUAGCUUUAUAUUUCAUUUACAUACGUCUACAAUGUAUCUAGCUUUACAUUUCAUUUACACACGUCUACAAUGUAUCUAGCUUUAUAUUUCAUUUACACACGUCUACAAUGUAUCUAGCUUUACAUUUCAUUUACACACGUCUACAAUGUAUCUAGCUUUAUAUUUCAUUUACACACGUCUACAAUGUAUCUAGCUUUAUAUUUCA